AUGCAGCCAUUUACGAGAGGACGUAAUGAGUAUAAUGAAUUUACAGAAGAAAGACUCGUUGAAGAGGAUAUCUAUUUACCAACAAAUAAACGCGAUACUACUCGUUUAUAUGAUGAAAAGCGUGAAGUCUACGAAAUCUCCAUUAUGGAGGUAUUUGCUAAAACGUUUAAAUUUAAAUAUAUAUUUUUACCAAUAUUUAGUGAUGUUGAAGAGGAGACCAUAUUGAAUAGUGAUAAUUGUGAGCAACUAGUAGAAAAGGAAGUAUUGGCAACAAGUAUGGCGGAAUCCCGCCCUGUGGAGAAAAGACAAAGACAAAACAGUGACGACACGGAAAAUGAAAAUGAAGAGUUUAUUACGGUACAGAGACGGAGUAAACGCAUACAUAGAAGUUCGUCUAGCAAUGAUGAAAUAUAUGAAGUGUGCUUAUCUUCCAAACAGGCCUUACCUAAACAAAUAGAGACUAGAUCAUAUAGAGAUGUUUUAAUUACAACAAAACAAAUGCCAAGUAUUGAGGAGCACGAAGAUAUGUCAAAUGAUGUAGAAGAAAUGAAUGAUGAUGAUACUGAAGGUUAUUCAAAGAAUCCAUGUAGUUCACGAGAUAUAGCUAUGAAUUUAGAUUGGACAACUAUUAAUGAAAAUUUAGGCAGCGAUCAUUUAAUGUUAAAGUAUACUCUCCGUUAUAAAGAUAAGUUAUCGUUUACUAAAAAAAGGAACUAUAAAAAUGCUAAUUGGAUAGAAUACAAAAAUAUAUUAGAAAAAGAAUUUAAUGAAUUUGAUUUUGAAACAAAUGAUAUUCAAAUUAUGUAUGAUAAGUUCAUUCAGCGAAUAAAUUUAGCUGCGGAUAAAGCAAUACCAUAUAUAAAGUACUGUAAUAAUUUAGAUCGAAAAUUUGUUCCCAAACCUUUUUGGAAUCAAACAUUAUCUAAAAUAGUUGCUGAGAGGAGGUUAGCACUUAAAAAUCUUAGAAGAAAUCCAACCCCUCAUAAUCUAGAUAUAUUAGAGCAAAAAGUAACUGAGGCCCGAAUGUUAAUAGUUAAAAUUGAGUCUGAGAGUUGGCAUUCUUUUUGUAGUGAUAUCGAUGAAAAUACAACUGUAAUGGAUAUGUGGCGUAAGAUGCAAUGGAUGAAAGGCUUGAGAAGGACUAAAAUUUGUACAUCAGAUGAGAGAAAACAGAAAUUAUUAGAGUCAUUGGCUCCCGACUUUGUAUCGCCUAACAUACCAUUAUUAAGAUCAAAAAAUGAAGCAUUAGAAUCUCCAUUUACGUACUCCGAAUUGGACAAUACUUUAAAACAAAAAAAUAGUUCUCCUGGAGAUGACAAUAUCUCUUACUCGAUACAACUAUCAGCAUGCUACGAACUAGUGCAUACAAUAGAUGAGCUGUCUAUUUCCUUAACACAAGUUACAUAUUCCCUUCUAUCUGGAGAUGUGGAAGCAAUAUUGGAUGUGAAACGCAAUCUUGUAUUGGUGAUAGAAUAUUUACGGUCGGCAAUACAGUAUUUAGAAGUUGACAGGGUAAAUGUUAAGAUCCUGGAGGAAGUUUAUGCUUUUUAUACAACGUCGUCUUUUUUUUCGAUAAAUGAUACUUCAAAAGAAGGCAAAUGGAGAGUUGUGACUAGCAAGUAUAUGGACGAUACGUAUUCCUUAUUGUUCCAGUUGAGAGAAGAGCAAGUUAAUUUAUGGGUAACUGUUAGAGAAUCAGCGGCCGCAGAGAUAUGGGCGGCGCGGCGAACUCUAGUUCUGGGUAUCUCAGUACUUGGAGUGGUCAUUUGUGCAGCGCCCGUUCUUGUAUUACUACUGCGGCACACGUUUCGUACGCUACAGGCGUUCACAGAGUCCAUAGAACAUAGCACACAGCAGGUGAUGAUAGAGAAGCAAAAGAGUGAUCUAUUACUAUCGAGGAUGUUGCCAAUACCAGUCCUGAGGAGACUUAGAGCCCAAAGAACGGUACCAGCGGAGGCCUUUGAUGCAGUAACGAUAUACUUCAGUGAUAUUGUAGGCUUUACAAAUAUAGCUGCUACGAGCACUCCCAUGGAGAUAAUUAACAUGUUAAACAUGUUAUAUAGGAUGUUCGACGAUAAAAUAAUGCAGUAUAAUGUGUAUAAAGUGGAAACGAUAGGAGACGCUUACAUGGUUGUGUCAGGGCUGCCACAGAGAAACGGCAACCGCCAUGCAUCAGAAAUAGCAGAUAUGUCGUUAUCUCUAAUGCGUAGUUUGGAAGGUGCUCGGAUCCCACAUCGACCCGAUGAUCUGCUUCGAAUCCGGGCAGGUGUCAAUACUGGGCCGUGUGUAGCGGGCGUCGUCGGUGCCACUAUGCCUCGGUACUGCCUGUUUGGAGACACUAUCAAUACGGCCAGCAGGAUGGAGAGCACUGGGGAACCAAUGAAAAUACACAUAUCGCAAACGACGAAGGCGGCGUUAGAAGAGAUUGGCAAUUACAUUAUGGAGUCGAGAGGAGUGGUGGAUGUGCAGGGCAAAGGUCCAAUGGAGACUUUUUGGUUAGUGGGAAAAGUUGGCGAGAUGGUGAUUGAGAGUCCACCAUGUCUACGCCUCGAGGACUACGACCAGAAUGUAUUAGAGCUUUUAAUUAAG